UUUUAAUUUAUUUUAUAAAUAAGUAUUUAAUUGUGAAAAAUCAUGAAAAAAUCGAUCGUAACUACGAAAUCCGGAAAGACUUUUACCGCCAGGCGAGCAGUAAAUCACAUUCCUGACGAAUUAUUACAAGACCCAAUCUUGAAAGAGGCCAUUAAUAAACUACCCGCCAAUUAUAACUUUGAAAUUUAUAAAACAAUAUGGAAGAUAAAGUCGAACAACAUCAAGAAAGUUGCUCUACAGUUCCCAGAAGGGCUGCUUAUGUUUGCCAAUCCAAUUGCUGACAUUAUAGAGGACUUUACAGAUAGCGAGGUGAUGAUUUUGGGUGACGUAACGUACGGUGCCUGCUGUGUCGACGACUUCACUGCAAAAAAACUCGGGGCCGAGUUACUCAUUCACUAUGGACAUAGUUGUUUGAUACCGAUAACCCAAACUCAGGGCAUUCAAAUGCUUUAUAUAUUCGUCGACAUAAAAAUUGACUCUCUACAUUUCGUCGAGACGUUAAAGUUCAAUUUCCAAAGCAACGACAACAUCAAUAACAACAUCAACAACAUCAUCUACAACAACAACAUCUACAACAACAACAUCAACUACAACAACAACAACAACAACAAUGAUGAUGAUAACAUCGACAACGGUGAUGUCAAGUUGAACAACAGCGAAAGGAAUGACGUCAUCAAAAAGAUUGCUCUUGUCAGCACUGUACAGUUUAUAACAACCCUACAGGUAGUUAGUAAAGAGCUGUCUAGUCAUUUCGACAUUCUCCUACCCCAGUCUAAACCCCUGUCUCCAGGUGAAAUUUUGGGGUGCACUUCUCCAAGAUUACCUAAUGAUGUUGAUGCUAUUGUGUAUCUUGGUGACGGAAGAUUCCACAUUGAAUCGAUCAUCAUUCACAAUCCAGGCGUACCUGCUUUCAAAUAUGACCCCUACAGUAAGACAUUCACCAGAGAGAAGUACGAUUUCGAGAUGUUGCAUAAGAAUCGGAAACAGGAAAUAGAUCGAGCCAAAGAUUCUAAAUGCGUGGCCGUCGUCAUGGGCACGUUGGGGAGGCAGGGAUCUCCGAGGGUUGUUGAGACCCUGAAAGCGAAACUUCGAUCACGUGACAAAGAUGUCGUCGUCAUUCUGAUGACGGAAUUGUUUCCAGAUAAGUUGAAACUCUUCGAAGAUAUUGAUGCAUGGGUCCAGGUAGCGUGUCCAAGACUCUCCAUAGAUUGGGGUACUGAGUUUCAUAAACCCCUACUAAAUCCGUACGAGGCCAACGUGAUGAUGAAGUCGUUGGAGUACCAGCAGACGUACCCGAUGGACUACUACGCCAACAACAGCCUCGCCGACUACGCCGUUAAUUAUAAAGCGCUACAUCAUUUAUUAUGA